AUGUUCACUCAAGCCUUCCUUGUCAGCUCCCUAGCCGCGUUCAGUACCGCAGCGGCUCUUCCAAACACUCUCGCACGCCGGGGCGAGUGUGCAGAUCGACCAGGCGCCUGGUGCUCCGACUGCGUUGCAGACAACAGUUGCGGCAACAUGGCAGUCACGGUAGCGUUCAAGCCCGACAACCUCGAGAUUGGAGAUAUCGACCUGAACAAAGUGACGGACGCAAUUGCCGCAAACUGCUACGGAACCGGUAUCAGACAGUGCAAGCCAUCUGAUUACGAGCUUGAUACCGUGCUCGAGAAUGGCGACAAGGCCACAAUCACCAUCAACCUCAACUCGAAUGGCUACGAGACCUGGGCCGAGAACCUCAUGGUCGAUGCAUUCCGGGCUGCUCUGAAAGGUGCCACGAAGAAGAACACCGUCACAGGCGAAGGCCCGGCGGGCGGCAGCAAGACUGUUGCGACCAUCCCUUCCAGCGUCACCAUCGCCAUGUUUGACAAGCCCGAGUAUGCCAUCGUCAUGGGAAUUGCCGUCGAGAAAGACCCGGUGGAGGGUGUUUGCGCGGAUAUCCUGGGAAUUGGAUCUGCUGUGGCUGGCCUGGCUGGUACUCCUGGCGCUGUUGUCGGUGCAGGGCUGUCCAUCGCAAGUGUUUUCUGCGACUAA